GGUCCUCGUGUCCACGGACCGCGCGCAGGGUGCGGGUUCUGCGCGAGGCACAGCGCGGGGAAGUGAAGUGUUGUGAUGCUGGUGGUGGUUGUUGUUGUACUUGUAGUUGUGAAUACCUCCCGCACAGCCAGCACAAGCUGUCACUCCUUCGGCGUUCUGGAAAGACCGCAGAAGAGGCUUUCGUUGAUUUAAAGAAAAGAAAAAAAGAAAAAAGAAAGGGAAAAAAAACAGCCGUCAUUUCAAACCCGCCGCGCGCGUGCUGUUAUAAGGCGCGUGACGGAGCGCUCUCCUCCUCAGACGUGGAGUCGGCGCGCGCCCCGUGGGCACCAUGGUCUGCUAGAAUCUAGCGCAGAAACACACGUUUUUUUUGGUCAUUUGACGAACGGGGAGACGCCGGGAAGCUCAAGAUACCGCCAUAGUCCCAUCAGACUGGCGCAGCUAUGUUCAAGAACAGCCUGAAGAUGUUCCUCAGCGGCGGCAAGUCCAGCCGCAAGAACCGUAACAGCGACAGCGGGAGCGAAGACCCUGGCGAUUUCCGGUCGACCUACGCCGACCCACGACUCGGCCACCUCACCCAAGGUGGCGGCACAACCAAAAGUGCACACACCUUUGAGGGCGACUAUGGCGUCUCCCCGCUGGCGGUGACUGAAGGCAUGCAGCAUAUCCGCAUCAUGGAGGGCGUGUCCCGCUCGCUGCCCUCCUCGCCGCUGCUCUCGCACCAGGCCAUCAGCAUGCGACUGCAGCCCUUGAAGAAGCUCUCAGGUGAGGCGAACCAGGAGCUGGGACCCCCUCCGUCGGUGGACGAGGCAGCCAACACCCUAAUGACGCGGCUGGGCUUCCUGCUAGGUGACAAAGUGAACGAGGGGCCUGCAGACACGGAGUACAGCAUGAAGGAGCAGGAUGAGCAGCAGGGCUUAACUGUGACCCAACGGAUCAGUCCCUGCUCCACGCUGACCAGCAGUACUGCCUCCCCGCCUGCCGGCAGCCCCUGCUCCACCCUGCCCCCCGCCGCUCCAGGCAACCAUGGCAACCAGGACUGCGCCUACGGCUCGGUCGCCAGUCCCACGUCCACCCUCGAGAGCAGGGACAGUGGCAUCAUUGCCACGCUGACCAGCUACUCGGAGAACAUGGAGCGGGGCGGUAAAUACGGCGAGGGCUUGCAGGGUGGUGCAAAGCUUCACUCCCAAAAGUCGGCCAUGGAGUCCUGCCUCUACCGCGUGGACGAGAACAUGACGGCCUCCACCUACAGCCUGGACAAGAUCCCCGAGAGGAGCCUGGAGGGCGGGUCCUCGGCCAAGUCUAUCCCGCUCCACCUCAUGCCCCGGCCCAACUCCGUGGCAGCCACAAGCUCUGCUCACCUUGAGGACCUGGCGUACCUGGAUGAACAGAGACACACCCCCUUACGCACCUCCCUGCGAAUGCCUCGGCAGGCCAUGGGGGCGGGGCGGGCCGGGCAGGACGUCCGAGUGCGGUUCACCCCCUACCGCCUCCCGGACAUCUCGCUCAAGCCGCUGCUCUUCGAGGUGCCCAGCAUCACCACGGACUCCAUCUUCACUGGCCGCAACUGGCUUUUCCAGGAGAUCGACACCCAGCUGCGCAGCUCCAACUCCAGCACCAACCGUGGGGUGGUGGUUGUGGGAAACAUUGGCUUCGGCAAGACUGCCAUUGUGUCCCGCCUAGUGGCUCUCAGCUGCCACGGCAUCCGAAUGCGUCAGAUUGCCUCGGACAGCCCCCACGCCUCGCCCAAACAUACAGAAGGCCUCCCUCUCAGCCAGGCCCAGCCGGCCCCUGGAACCCUAGGUAGAGGCAGCUGUCCCGGCACACCUGAGAUGAGGAAGCGCCAAGAGGAGAUCAUGAGGAGGCUCGCGUCCCAGGUGGUGGCGUACCACUAUUGCCAGGCGGACAACGCUUACACCUGCCUGGUUCCGGAGUUUGUGCACAACGUGGCGGCGCUGCUGUGCCGGUCACCGCAGCUCCUGGCCUACCGGGAGCAGCUGCUGAAGGAGCCCCAUCUACAGAGCGUGCUCAGCCUGCGCUCUUGUGUGCAGGACCCCCUAGCCUCUUUCAGGAGAGGGGUGCUGGAUCCCCUGGAUGCUCUCCACAAAGAGAAAAAGAUCACUACGGAGGAGGAUCUCAUCAUUCUGAUUGAUGGACUGAACGAGGCAGAGUUUCACAAACCAGACUACGGCGACACUAUUGUGUCUUUUCUGAACAAAACCAUCGACAGAUUCCCGCCCUGGCUGAAGCUGGUGGUCACUGUGAGGACCUCUCUACAGGAGAUCACCAAGCAGCUCCCCUUCCACUGCAUUUCACUGGACCAACUGGAGGAGAACGAGGCCAUCGACCAGGACCUGCAGGGCUACAUCCUGCACCGUAUCCACAGCAGCCCGGAAAUCCAGAACAACAUCUCGCUCAAUGGAAAGAUGGACAGCACCACGUUCGGCAAGCUGAGUGCUCACUUGAAAGCCCUCAGCCGCGGGUCCUACCUGUACCUUAAGCUGACCCUCGAUCUGAUUGAGAAGGGCUACCUGGUGCUGAAGAGCUCCAGCUAUAAGGUGGUGCCCGUGAACCUGGCUGAGGUCUACCUGCUGCAGUGCAACAUGCGCUUCCCGACACAGUCGUCCUUCGAGCGGGCACUGCCGUUGCUCAACGUGGCCGUGGCCUCGCUGCACCCGCUGACGGAUGAGCAGAUCCACCAGGCUGUGAACGCCGGGUCGGUGCGGGGCACCCUUGGCUGGGAGGACUUUCAGCAACGCAUGGACAACCUAUCCGUUUUCCUCGUCAAGCGGCGCGACGGCACCCGGAUGUUUGUGCACCCCUCGUUUCGGGAGUGGCUCAUCUGGAGGGAGGAGGGUGAGAAGACCAAGUUCCUCUGUGAUCCUCGGAAUGGGCACACCCUCCUGGCCUUCUGGUUCUCACGGCAGGAAGGCAAGCUGAACCGACAGCAGACCAUCGAGCUGGGCCACCACAUCUUGAAAGCACACAUCUUCAAAGGCCUCAGCAAGAAGGUUGGGGUUUCAUCAUCCAUCCUGCAGGGGUUGUGGAUUUCCUACAGCACGGAAGGACUUUCCACUGCCCUAGCAUCACUGCGCAACCUCUACACCCCAAACAUUAAGGUGAGUCGGCUGCUGAUCCUCGGAGGCGCUAAUGUGAACUACCGCACGGAAGUGCUGAACAACGCGCCCAUCCUAUGUGUGCAUGCACACCUGGGCUACACUGAUACGGUGGCCCUGCUGCUCGAGUUUGGGGCUGCUGUCGACGGAGCGUCCGAGAGCGGUCUCACGCCGCUGGGCUACGCUGCCGCUGCGGGACACCUGCCCAUAGUAACUGUCCUGUGCCAGAGGAAAGUCAAGGUGGACCACCUGGACAGGAAUGGUCAGUGCGCCCUGGUACAUGCAGCCCUGAAGGGCCACCUGGAGGUGCUGAAAUUCCUCCUGCAGUGCGACUGGACCUUGGGUGGGCCUCCGCAGGGGGUCAGCAAGAGUCACGCUGUCCAGCAGGCCCUCGUCGCUGCGGCCAGCAUGGGCUUUGCUGAGAUUGUGUCAUAUUUGCUGGAUUUACCGGAGAAGGACGAGGCUGAGGAAGAACGUGCGCAGAUCAACAACUUUGACACGCUUUGGGGGGAGACAGCCCUGACAGCAGCGGCAGGACGAGGGAAGUUGGAUGUGUGUCGUCUGCUGCUGGAGCAGGGGGCCGCUGUGGGCCAGCCCAACCGCCGGGGAAUCGUCCCACUCUUCAGCGCCGUCCGCCAGGGACACUGGCAGAUUGUAGACCUCCUGCUAACCCACGGGGCAGAUGUCAACAUGGCAGAUAACCAGGGCCGCACUCCCCUGAUGAUAGCUGCAUCCGAGGGACACCUGGGAACUGCCGAGUUCCUGCUGACACAAGGUGCCUCCCUUACCCUAAUGGACAAGGAGGGGCUGACGGCCUUAAGCUGGGCAUGUUUGAAGGGACACCUGCCUGUUGUGCGCUCUUUGGUGGAAAGGGGCGCUGCGACCGACCAUGCGGACAAGAACGGUCGCACGGCGCUGGACCUGGCCGCGUUCUACGGAGACGCCGAGGUGGUCCAGUUCCUGGUGGACCAUGGGGCCCUGAUUGAGCACGUUGACCUCAGCGGUAUGCGUCCCUUGGACCGGGCAGUGGGGUGCCACAACACCUCAGUAGUGGUCGCUCUGCUGAAGAAAGGGGCCAAAAUAGGUCCAGCUACCUGGGCAAUGGCCACGUCCAAGCCUGACAUCAUGAUUAUCCUUCUAAGCAAGCUGAUUGAGGAAGGGGACAGCUACUACAAGAAGGGGAAGGUGAAGGAGGCGGCGCAGCGUUACCAGUACGCUUUGAAGAAGUUCCCACGCGAGGGCUUCAGCGACGACCUCAGGACUUUCCGCGAACUCAAGGUGGCCCUGCUGCUCAAUCUGUCUCGCUGCCGCAGGAAAAUGAACGACUUUGGAAUGGCUGAGGAGUUUGCCACCAAGGCGCUAGAGUUGAAACCAAAAUCAUACGAGGCCUAUUACGCCAGGGCCCGCGCCAAGCGGAGCAGCAGACAGUUCCCCGCAGCCCUGGAGGACCUGAAUGAAGCCAUCAAGCAGUGCCCCAACAACCGGGAGAUCCAGCGUCUCCUGCUGCGAGUGGAGGAGGAGUGCCAGCAGGUUGCCCAGCAACAGCAGGAGCCUGAACCGCCCGCUUCCUUGCUCCCUUCCCCGCCCCCGCCCGAAGAAAACCCCCCAGUUCUUUCUCCCGAGCCGCGGCUAGACGAGAUGGAGCCCGUGCAGGACUUGUUUGAAAACGAGUAUUACAUGAACGAGGACGUGGAGGAGGUGUCCGUCGAUCACCUUCCGGAGCCACGCUCGGACCCCCCUGGCUUGCCCACCAUUCAGAACCAGUUUCCCUCCCCGCCUGCGGACGAGGCGCCGUACGUCUCCGGACUCUCUCAACCCGGCCAAGCCUUCAGCGACCGCCAGCCCACGCCCCCUUCCGUGUCUCCUCCCCAGCUGUCUCCCACGCAUCAGAACUCCCACUUCCAGGUGAGCCCCCUGUACACAUCCCCGGUCCACCAGGCCUCCACCUAUGACUUUGUCCCCCCGGCGCAGAGCAAGGACUGCCAGAGCCCCCCGCCGUCCCCGCUGCGCCGCGUGCCCCAGUACCAGGGCAGCAUCGCCAGUGAGGGCAUGGGCCUGUAUCGCUCUCAGUCAGGCUCCCCAGUGCGCUACCAGCAGGAGGCGCCCGUGGCCAAGCUGAGCAGCCAGCACUCGUUCCAUUUGCAGUCCCAGCCCUCUCAGGUGUCUCAGGCCCAGCUGGGCUUCAGGCUGCAGCCCGCCAAAGCCAAGAUUGUGCGCACCAACCAGCCCGGUUCUGCCAUGCAUCCCGGCUCCAUCCUGGGCAGCAGCGCCUACAGCCAGAUGGCGCACUCCAUGAGCGGCCGCUACCCCGGCGCCCCGGUGGAAGUGGAGAGCCGGCUCAUGUACCAGGCCUCCUUCGACGGGCGGCCCAUGACACAGGUGCAGGCGAGCCUGAGUUCCGGGGCCCUGUGCCAACACGGCGGACAGCCCGGGAUCUCGGAGCCCAGCCUGGUGAAAGACGAGCUGCCCCUGCGGCCUUCCUCCGCCUACCACGCUGCCGGCCGCUUCGGCCACACUCCCCAGAUUAGCCGCAGCCAGUCCGCCGCCUACUAUCCCAUGUCCAAGCAAGAGCUGGAGCGUCCGACCGCCCUGGGCCAGUGCCAGCUGGGACCGCCCGAGAACACCCCGCUGGGUCACCGGGCCAACAACACGGAACUGAAGCCCCACAGGCCGACACCCAGGCCCCUCAUCCACUCGCAAAGCGUGAGCCUCCGCUUCUCCCCCUCUACCAGCAGCCUUUCCGCAGGCUACCCGAGCAACUUAGUCCCCGGCUUCCGGUCCUCGGCCUCCGUGCAGCAAAUGGAGAUCCCCCUCAAGUCGUCGUACGAGGUCUACUGCGACGACCUCUCGCCCGUCUCCCCUCCGCAGGGUGGUGACGGCAGAGCCAUGGGAGCUUACCAGGUGGAGGCGCCCCGAUCCCGCACCACCCCCUUCAUGGGCGUCAUUGACAAGACGGCACGGACUCAGCAGUACCUGCAGCAGACGGCGCGGCCCUGGGCGGUCUCCUCCCUGGACAUGGUCAUUGGCAACGCCGCCUCGUCCGGGAGCCUUGCUCCGCAGGGGGGCCUGGGCCCAGCCUACAGCCCCCCCACUUCACUAGGGAACAUCGCGUACUACAACAAGACCAACAAUGCCCACAACGGGCACCUCCUGGAGGAUGAGUACUACCUGUCGCCGCAGGCGUUCCCCCUGAGCAAGGGCGUGGGCAGCUCGCGAGGGGACCUCCUGGAGCGUGUGAGCCAGGCACCCAUCUACCCCGACGUGAAGGUGGCGCGGACUCUGCCCGUGAGCCAGGCCUACCAGGACAGCAUGUACCGGCAGCUCUCGCAAGACGCCAGGCAGGGCCCCACGUCCCCCAUCAAACCAAAGAGACCCUUUGUGGAGUCGAAUGUGUGAGGGGGAGGCUGCGGGGGUGCGAGGGUGCGAGGCCUCGGGCUGCAGCGUGAAGAGGCGCAGGAUGAUCCGCAGGAGGGUGACGCGUCAGGGGAAAACGGAGCGUUGACAUAUCCCCGCACACACAUACGCACGCACUGGUCCGUUUUGGCUUUGCCUCACACACCCAUGGAUUCCAACGUAACAUUAACACAAAGGCUGUGAAACCACUGGCAAAUACAGUAUUGGGUGUUUUUCUGAGCGUGUUCGUCAGGCGUGUAGAGCAUGUCUGUGUAAAGUUUAGCAGCCACGUGCAAAAGAUUAAAGAUUUGAGACGGAGUGUUUCGAAUAUUGAUUUUUAAAAAAAAAAAAAAAAAAAAAAAACGGUGGCUGAUUGGCAUCCUGCAGUUGACUAAGAGCGUAAGAGCACUGGAGGUCUGCGCUGUUCACACUGAUCCCGAGGCCUCCGGACCUCAGCUCACCACCGGCUGCUUGCGACCCGGGAAGCGGCGGUUAAGGCUCGGGUCGCUCGAUUGUUCCCUCCCGCGGAAGAGACGGACUCUCUCUCUCUCUCACCCGACUCCCCACCUAAAUGAAACGGAAGUCUGCACUCGAGCGAGAUUAUCUUCUGCACCGCUAUUGAAAAUAAUAAUGCUCAAAUCAAACCUGUAUUUAAAUGUGUUAUUUAUAAUUCUAAGUUAUCUAUACAUGUUGUAUUUUUUUAGUUAGUUUUUUUUUUUUUUUUUUCCCGCUUCAUUUACCGUUGUCGGUAGCCACACUAAAUUUAUCUGGAAUCGCUUCUGGGGAGGCAGCAUUAUGAAUCUAAUUACAGUACUUGAAUGUUUUCACAUAUUUUCUAGACAUGCUAUCUCCUUUUGUAUCCGUUCCACCUUUGUAUAUCACUGUUUCCGUUUAGACAUUCUUGCAACUGAAGUGAAACUAGCGCACAACUGUACGUCCUAUGGCCUGUGCUUUUAGGGGUGGUUUUAAAACUGUACUCAGUAUGGUGGGCUACAUCUUAACCUAAAUAACCUGCUGUAAAUACACACAGCUUUAUAGAGCUAUCGCUGUGCAUGCAGCUUCGUAAGUGACGUAGAAGGUCACAGGUCAUGUCUCGGUUUUCUCUUUCUCUCUCCGUACGCAACGGUGGACGCGCCCUUCGAAACGCGUACUUUGAAACAAACUGCAGCGUCGCCUACGGGAGGGGCGAUCGUUCUCCGGGGGGAUGCUGUGGCGCCGAGUCGAGCGUUGGCGUCGACCUCCGGGACGGGCUGUUCGAAGGUCACCUUGUACCGUACGGCAGCAGCACGCGGGAGGACAAACGUGCGGUGUUGCGGCAUUAUGGUCCGGUUUCAUUGCAGCCUUUCAUUCCAGGCAAAUUCCCUCCCUAGGCGUGGAGUCGGGCGCCCUGUGAGCAGCGGUGCCGCGGAGCGAUGAGUUACGAUUCCUCUUCAUCUGCUCCCAAGGGCUUUGAGUUAAGAGGGAAUGCGGGACGUGCGCAAGUAGGGGGAGAUUGCCGCGAGAGUACAAAGCGGCGGCUGCACGCCACACGAACGUAUUUUUACGGAGGACCGUACCUUCGUGACUUGUUUUUCAGUGCCUCUGUUCUCAGAGUAACCACAGUGAAAUAGACCUCUUUUAAUUUGAGGACGUAUAGCUUCCGCAGCACUGACGGCGGCACGCGUCGGCCCCGAGAGCGCUCGUGAUGUUCACUUCUGCUUUGUGCCAUUUCACUCAGUAGUUAAGGUCCCCUGCCCCGAACGCGGACCCUCCCUCCGACUCGACGGGAACUGCUCAGGAGGACGGUUCCCAGCAGGCCCGCCAGUUCGCUACCCGUACCCCGCCGAUCGGACGUCCCCUUGAACGGAUUCGGUCGUCCGAGGUUGGGGAUCGGUGGCCAUCUGUGUGACAGAAAGAGGAUAAUCUCCUGUGUAUUUGUAAAUACUGUAAUAUUCUGUUGUAAAUAAAGGCUGUAUUUAUCACUGACAGAUAGAUGUUCAUCGGUAACACGGAGAACACGUGCUCCUCACAUCGGAGUCCCCGGUCAUGCCCGGCCUUGGCUCGGGGAGGCUGCCGCCGCGGUAGCUCCCGUUGCGUGGCGGGUGUGACGGAUGUGCUCGUUGAGGGAAAAGCUGCUUUUCUCCUGAACGGCCUUUUGGAUUGAGCCAUUUGGUUUGCUUUUUAUUUUAUUUCUCUUUUUUUUUUUUUCUUUUUUCUUUUUUUUGUUCAAUAUAGCUGCUCUCCCUCCUCCUCACUCUGUCGUGUUGAAUCUGUACCAUUGCAAUAAAAGCCUUCCCCGUGUUGUGGCAACAUGUGGUGGUGUUAUUGGCACAGCCGGAGACUCGUCUCCAUGCCCUGUUCGCCGCUCGUUCGCUGACCGCAGCCGUCGCUCAACGCCGACUUCUCUUUCAGAUA